AUGGAAGUAAAUCUUGUGUUGCUUGAAAGAUUCUCAUAUGCGAAGCGGAGUCUUGUCGCAGGAUGGAAAUCAAUAAUCUCAGUCUUAAAUCAUUCUUUUCGGUACAUAUUUUAUUUCUCAUCAUCAAACAACAUUUGUAUUCCUGCAAACGAUUCCUUUAACUACAAUACUCGACCAGAUAUAUCUGUUCACGACCGAGAAGGCAAAGCUGGUAUUGCACUUCGCCUCUCUGUCUAUGUCACCGAUGCAAACAAUUGUACACCUUUGGUCAACACACAUUCACCUCAAAUUUUAUACAAAGGUGAGUUAGUACCGAAACAAAAGUAUGUCCUUUUUUCGUUUGAUUCAUGCACUAAUUCCAUUAAUUCACAUACAUACACAUAUAUGUAUAAAGGCAACACAUGUCUUUCAACACUACUCUCAAAACAACAGCAUCAGCUGUAUACUCAUCAAGGACAAAAAAUCUAUCUACAGACGAAGAGAUCUUCACGCAUACACGCACGUUUUCGUACAUAA